AUGAUACCUAUGUACUUGUGUGUCCCGUAGGAUUCAAAACCUACAAAUUCGCCUAUCGCAAUCUACUCACCAUAGCGGAUCGUCUAAAAAGAUGGCACAUCUCCUCUUUCUUUGUGUUCUCUUCUCUACAUUGUUAUAUUCGCAAGCCGCAGCUCCUGCUAGACCUGCGUAUUUUGACGGGUUGCUCGCGAAUGGCAACUUCGAAGAAGGGCCAAAACCUUCAAACCUCAAGAAAACUGUAAUCAUAGGAAAGUACUCGUUACCUAAAUGGGUAAUAUCUGGCAUGGUAGAGUACGUUUCUGGUGGGCCCCAACCAGAUGGGUUCUACUUUGCGAUCCCACGUGGGGCCCAUGCAGCAAGACUUGGCAAUGAAGCCACCAUAUCCCAAGCUAUUAACUUGAAGCCAGGUAAGGUGUACUCCCUCACAUUUGCCGCCACACGGACUUGUGCUCAAGAUGAAGUCCUAAGGGUCUCGGCCGCUAAUCGCUCAAGUGACCUUCCCAUUCAAACUUUGUAUAGUAGUGAUGGAGGGGACACUUAUGCUUUUGCUUUUGUGGCUACUUCAAGGAAGACAGUGGUCACUUUUCAUAACCCGGGGGUUCAAGAGGACCCCGCUUGCGGACCUCUCUUGGAUGCCAUUGCAAUCAAGGAGAUGCCUCCUCUAAGAUACGCCGCAGGAAACUUGGUGAAAAAUGGCGGUUUUGAGAUCGGUCCUCAUGUGUUCAAGAACUACUCAACUGGAGUCCUACUGUUGCCCAAAAUACAUGACAUAAUAUCCCCACUCCCUGGAUGGAUCGUCGAAUCACUCAAACCAGCAAAAUACGUAGACUCCAAACACUUCUCGGUGCCAACAGGCCUCGCAGCUAUUGAGUUAGUAGGAGGGAGAGAAACCGCAAUUGCGCAAAUCAUCCGGACUGUGCCCAACAAGGCCUAUAGCCUAUCUUUCACCAUUGGAGAUGGGAAGAACGACUGCCACGGGUCGAUGAUGGUGGAGGCUUUUGCAGCAAAAGAAACAGUGAAAGUAAAGCAUGAAUCUACAGGAAAGGGCGCGUUUACGCCAGCAAACCUCAAGUUCAUUGCUACAUCCACGAGGACAAGACUCACAUUUUACAGUGCCUUUUACCACACUAAGUUAAAUGACUACGGUCAUUUUUGUGGUCCGGUUUUGGACGAUGUCAAGGUUUGGCAUGUCUAGAAGCACAUGAUGAACGCAACUAAUAGAUUAAAACGACCCGGAUUGGAUCUUGUAUACGGUUUUUAUAUGAUAUUUUAUUAGAGUGUAACAAUCGGAUCCAGCCGUAAGAUAGUCAUUUAUGUAUUAUUAAGGGUCAUUAAUUAAGAAGAUUGUUGUGUAUCAUAAUGAAUAAAAUGUGUGAUUUUAGUGUUA